AUUUUAGUCGAACGAGGGCGCUCACUCAAUGGAGAUGUGCUGACUUGCGCUCGAGUGUAGGCUGUAUUUCCCUCAUCCAGCACACCCGAGGCCAUUACAUUCAUUACCUCUAAGAUCCAGUGAACUAAAUCAGCUGUCAUACAUUUACUAUCGCAUAAACCGGACCGACGAGCACUGAAGCCGUAUAAUACUUUUAUUGGUGCGCAUAGACUUCUGCAGCGUCAAGGAAAUUCAAGUGGCUCGAAAGAGAAUAAUAACCAUGUCACUGUAUCCAUCUCUAGAAGACAUGAAGGUGGAUAAGUUCAUGAAGGCACAGAACACCCCUACUGCGAGCCCAUUAAAGGCUUUACCUCUUCCAGAAAAUGAGACUUACUUUGAUCCAAAAUCAGAAGAGCUAGCUACUUCUAGCAGGUUGUACCCUGGGCUGAAUGAGUUUAUGGGUCUAAAUCUCAGUGCUGAAGCUCAACAAAGUCUUUCCUCUUCAGUUCCUGAUGAGUCCAGUGGGGUUCUUAGUGUCUGCACACAUGGAAUGAGCUGGGUGGCAGCCCCCAUAACAGGAAGUGACCUGGGGGUGAAGCGGGCAGAGAUUCGACAGGGUGUACGGGAGGUGGUGCUGUGCAAAGACAUGGAUGGGAAGAUUGGACUCCGCCUCAAAGUCAUAGAUAAUGGCAUGUUUGUGCAGUUAGUGCAGGCUAACACUCCUGCAGCACUGGCAGGGCUGCAUUUUGGUGAUCAGAUUCUGCAGAUCAAUGGCAUAUCAUGUGCCGGCUGGAGUAGUGAUAAUGCACAUAAGGAGCUUAAGAAUGCCAACCCAGAGAGGAUCACUUUGGCUGUGCGAGACAGGCCAUUGGAGCGAACUGUCACUCUUCACAAGGACAUGAAUGGCCAGCUCGGCUUUCUUUUUAAAAAGGGUCGAAUCACCUCAAUAGUAAAAGACAGCUCAGCCGCACGUAACGGCCUCCUUACUGAUCAUCAGAUAUGUGAGAUCAAUGGUCAGAAUAUAAUCGGACUGAAGGACUCACAAAUCACAGACAUCCUUAAUUCCAGCGGAGGAGUUGUCACAGUAACUGUGAUGCCAGUGGUCAUCUUUGAACACAUGAUGAAAAGGAUGUCCAACAGUAUUGUAAAGUCACUAAUGGACCAUUCUAUUCCUGAGGUGUGAGAUCGUUUGGAUCAAACUGUACAGCUGAGGUUGAUUUGGCCACAGUGGAGAGUUCACAUUUUGUUUGGAGCACAAGUUCAGUAGUGUUUCCACAAUCAUUUGAUUUUAUGUAUGUUUAUUUAAGUUUAAGAAGUUAUUGACGGGCAAAAAAAGACAAAGCAAAGAGAACCUGAGAGAUAUUUGUUUCAGUUUUUCCUUUAAAUUAAUAGUACAACCAAAAAAUGACAAGUUCUGUAGUCAUUUACUUACCUUUAUGUUGUUCCAAACCAAUAUGC